AUGGCUUCAAGAAAGAUCCCUGUACCAUGUUGGAACCAGCCAAGCACAUCAUCAUCCAGCAGUCAAGAACCGAGAUUGCCUGGAGCUCACAAUGGGCAUCAGUCAGAGGCAGCAUUUCUGGGUUUAAAGGAAAGCGAGCUUUUUCAGCUGUCCAAGCUGCCAAGCUCCAUCUACAUGGUCCGGCCCAAGCUGACAGAGAUGUCUCAAGAUGGCAGCAUGAAGUUCACGAUCCCUCGAUACCCAGAAGAAGCCUUGGCCGCCAUGCAUCAGUUCCGGCAGAAUGGAGCUCUUUGUGACAUUACAUUGUGUGUAGCAGGGCAGCAGAUCAGAGCUCACAAAAUUGUCCUGGCAGCAUGCAGUCCGUAUUUUCAAGCCAUGUUUACUCAUGGUAUGAAAGAAGCCGGUUUGUGUGAAGUGGAGAUUCAGGAGCCCAGCAUAACUGCAGAGGCAGUAAGGUUGUUAGCAGACUUUGCCUACACCUAUGAGAUACAUGUCACCCAACAAAAUGUUCAGGCUCUUCUAAUCACAGCCAUGUUUCUGGAAAUGCGUCAUGUGGUGGAGGCCUGCACAUUGUUCUUAGAAAAGCAGCUGGAUCCUACAAACUGCAUAGGAUUUGCAAAUUUUGCCAGUGUGCAUGGCUGUUUAGAGUUGGAGGCUAAGGCCAAGAAGUACAUUUAUGAACACUUCUGUGAGCUGAUCAAGCAUGAUGAGUUUCUGACGUUAGAUGCACAAGAUGUUGUCAACAUUGUCCAGCAGGAUGAGCUCAAUAUCAGAUGUGAGAGCGAGGUCUUUCAAGCUGUUGUAAGAUGGGUGGAGCAUGAUGCCGACACUCGCCUCUCUCAACUGGAAGACCUCCUGGAGAAGGUCCGGCUGACCAGACUUGCACCGUGCUUCCUUGAAGAUCAGCUGGAGAAGUGCUACAUUAUCAAACAGCUCCCCAACUGUGUCAAGUUGCUGCUGACCAAACUCCGUGCACUGAAACAGCACGGGGAGUGCACAGAUCAGCCCAGAAAACCCUGUAAACCCUUGGUCAUUUACACCGUGGGAGGUUUCUAUCGUAAAGUCAUGGACUCUCUCAAAUCUUUUGAAUGCUACAAUCCCAAGAGUAAAGAAUGGACACGUCUUCCAGAACUACCUAGUCCCAGGUGUGGUCCUGGAGUAGCAUCAAUGUUAGGUCUUAUCUAUGUUGUGGGAGGCAGAAUCAUGAGGUGUGGACAGAGUGUGGACUCAUGUUCUGUGGAUGCUUAUAGCCCAGAGGAGAAUAUGUGGAACAGCAAGACACCUAUGGGUGUGGCCAGAAAUCGCGUUGGUGUUGGGGUACUGGAUAACAUGCUGUAUGCUGUUGGUGGAUGUUCUGGUGGCGAGCUUCACAGGUCGGCUGAGAGGUUCAACCCAGAAAAAGACUCUUGGGAGCCGGUGGCCAGCAUGACGUCUGUGCGUACAUCACAUGGUGUGGCAGUUCUCAAUCGACUGCUGUAUGCUGUUGGAGGCUUUGAUGGUCGUGAGAGGGUCAGCUCUGUAGAAUGCUACCAUCCUGAGAACAAUGUGUGGCAGGAAAUAGAACCAAUGAAUGAACCGCGAAGUGGGGCUGGGGUGGCUGUGCUGGGAGGUUACAUCUAUGUCGUGGGAGGAUUUAACGGUCACAGCCAGCUCAUGUCUGUAGAAAGAUAUGACCCAAAGAGGCGGAUAUGGGAGUAUGUGGCCCCUCUUCUCAAAGCACGAAGUGGUGUUGGUGUUGCAGUGGUCGACAACAUGUUGUAUGCUUUAGGAGGCUACGAUGGCACAGACUUUCUCCCCUGUGUAGAGAAAUACAACCCAGUGACAGACGUUUGGGAGGGCGAGUCAAGGAUGUUGUGUGAGCGAAGUGGCCAUGGUGUGGGUGUGGAGAGGACACCUAAUUUAUGUUGA